AUGGCCUCCCAUCGCAUCGGCGCCCGCGUCUCGGGCCUCUCGCCAGCGCAGCUGUGCGCCAUCAUCGAGGCGCAGGCGGGCGCGAGCGACGCCGCGCUGCGCGUGGCGGAGGAGGGCCUCUCGACAGCGCAGCUGUGCGCCAUCAUCGAGGCGCAUGCGAGCGCGAGCGCCGCCGCGCUGCGCGUGGCGGAGGAGCACGCCGCACGGCUCGUGGAGCAGCCCGAGUGGGUGCUCUCCGAAGUCCUCCUCUCGCCGGACCUCGCUCCGCACAUCCUCGCCCAGCUGCCGACCAAGGAGCACGCCGUCAAGGGGACCCUGUCGGCGCUGCUGACCGUGCCAUGA